AUGCCCAUCAAAUCCACCGGCUGCGCAACCUGUCGCAAACGCAAAAUCCGCUGCGACGAGACCCGCCCAAAAUGCAACCGCUGCAAAACCCACGGCGUGCCUUGUCCAGGCUAUCGUACACCCGCACCCGGCGAGGUCAAGUUCCACGAUGAGACGCACGGGAUCGUAAUGCAAUACGGCGGAGGAAGGGGAGCAAGUCAAGGUCGACGACUAUCCGCCGACAGCGGGAAGGGUUCGUCGAUCAUUUCAUGGUCUUCCUCUCCGGACGUGCUCAACACGGUGGAACAGGAGAUUGACAUGAGCGCGCUGUUCCUCCAUCCUGCCAAUAAUGGAGGGAAUCCCCUCGACUUCGCUUCCGUCUAUCCUACGCCCAAUUACAUUCCCAGUCCCGCGCUGGAGAAGUCGCAAAUCUACAGCAAGUUUAUCGAUACGUAUUUACCCAAGCGGAUCGGCGCACAGGACGCGCAUUUCAGUUUUCUCUCACACAUUCUCUCCACUCCGAAUCUCCGGCCCGAAGUCACGACCGCGUUGGACGCACUGAGUAUGGUGCAAGUCGGGUUCACGUUCAAGGAUCCCGGACUUCUACGCUCGGCAGUGAAAUCGUAUAGCUUCGCGUUGACGGGACUGGUUCGCACAAUUGGCAAAGGCGAGAAUGCGCUGAACGACGAUUACGUGCUGGCAACGGUGAACUUGCUGGCGUCGUGCGAGUUCUUCGAUGAGAUUGCGCAGAUGGGAAGUGGAUGGUCGCAUCACAUACAAGGAUCACAGCAGUUGUUGAAGGCCAGGGGACCGGAGUCUAUCCAGAGUCGAUUGGCGCUGUUGCUGUUCCUGAAUAUGCGGCACGGAGCCUUGAGUCACGCCUUGAUUGCGAGGAAAGCGUGCUUUUUGGGAACGCCGGAGUGGAGAGCGGUGGCGUAUCGUGUGCCAGUGGUGGACAAUUCAACACUCUUGUAUGAUUCGGGAUUACAGAUACCGGCCAUAUUGGAGAGGUUCGAUGCAUUGGAAGCCCAAGCGGAUAAGCCGCUCGAGGAGAUUGACGCAUUGUUGGAGCACUCGAGAAGAUUGGAGGCGGAGAUGAGAAACUGGUUUCUGGAAUUCCAGAGAGGUGCCGAGAUUGGAGGGAUUAUGCUGUGGUCUUUGGCUGAUGUCGAUUGUUUCUCGACGUUCGCUGGUCUGGUGUCCGACAGGACCAUCACCGAGUUCUUCGCGUUCCCCAACUUCAUGAUCGCCUAUUUGGUGUGUGUCUAUUGGGACCUCAUGCAUUUCCUCCGGACCACGAUUCAGAAGCUGCACAUGGCUCGGCACAGAAUCGACCACGACUGGUACCCUGAAUCGGGAGAAAUGGUGGUCGAGGAAGAACUGCUUGAGUACGUCAUGAACAUGUGCCGAUGUUUCGCAUACUUCUGCGAGCCCAUGAGUUCAUCGACCGGCCAGAUUGGAAUCUUUCUCCCGAUGCGGACCGCCGCGAUAUAUUUCACGACGCGCGGGAAUUGGACCUAUUUGAAGUGGGUCGGCGCGGUCAAAGACAACGUCUUUGUCAAGGGCAUGCACCCUCCCAGCGCCAGAGCAAUCGAAGCUGCGCAGGCCACCUCCUCGUCCAGAUCUCCGAGUAGCUCAGCUUCGCCUCCAGCUGUGGGCUGA